AUGGCAGAAUUGAGAAUGAGUUAGUCAACUACGUAAACUGAUAAAGACAAUACACUCGUUUGCGACUUUACGAUUUUUAAAAGUCUUUGAAUGCUUUUGACUGAGUAAUUUACAGAAAAAAACAUAUGUGUUAUUAGAAAAUUAUAAUAAUUGAAAUGACAAUUGUGGAAGCAAAUACAAUACAUGCAAGUUAGGUUAGUCUUUCUCAAUAACUUUCACCACUUGUCAGUUUUUAAGUGAUAUCUCGGUUGAAACGUGAAAAAUAAAUUCAAGUUGUAUGUAAUUUAUUUGUCCUUAUUGGAUAUUUGUGUGUGAUUUAUCAAAAGUUGACUUAUUAGGAAUAGUUAGUGAUUUCUUAAAGACGUACCAAUCGAUAGCUGAUGAUACACUGAUGCCAAAUUUUACCAACAUCUGACGUUACUUGUGCACAGCUGACUGGCUAUUGAACUACUUACUAACAAUUUAACCUACAAUUCCGUGAUAAUUUGAGGACUUAUGGCAGUUUAAAGUUCGCAUUCGUAUUAAUCGAGUCUUUAUCUAUCCUGAUAGACCAGUGGAAAAGAAACUGUUGUCAACAAUAAGAAGAAGAGGGAAUGGUGUACCUUUUAGCUAAUUGGGGCAUGGGAGAAAAUGACACAGGUAAAAAAAAAUGUGCCGAACCCGUUCAAGCAAGUUUUAGGCGUCAAGAAAAUAUUGGUGCUAACAAUAACGAAGUUGAUUUGUUUCCUUUGAAUAAUCAGGUUGGUGGUCACACGAGAUUGAUGGUAUUGAAUUCCAGUACAAUAGUGAAGCCUCUAAAUUAUCGAGAGUUGGAUUUCUAUCAAAAUAUACAGGAACAGGAUAUUAAAAAUUUCGUACCGAAAUAUAAAGGGGUGAUGCAGGCCACGUUAUGUAGCGGAUCAAAAAUUGAAAAAAGGUACAGCCCCAGUUUCCGUGAUGAACAUCCCAAAGGAAAGAAGGAUAGAAAAAGGAAACGAGAAGAAGUAUACAAAAUGAGGGUUCACCAUACGGGAAAUCCUAAAGAUGUGCUCAAAAGUAUUUCACAAGCGGACAAUACCAAUAAGCAAUAUUUUCUAAUGUUGGAAAACAUAACCUCAAAAUACUCUCAUCCUUGCAUAUUGGAUUUGAAAAUGGGUACCAGGCAACACGGAGACGAUGCGUCAGCGGAUAAGAGAAGAAAACAAAUAGCGAAAUGUGCUGCUAGUACUUCAGCAACUUUAGGUGUUAGGUUAUGUGGUAUGCAAGUGUAUGACACAGAAAGGGAUAUAAAUUAUAAAAGAGACAAAUAUUGGGGACGAGGACUAAAUGAAGAUGGCUUUAAAAAUGCCCUCUGUCGAUUUUUUGACAAUGGUUACGGACUUAGAAAAACUGUGAUUAAAAAAGUUAUUUCAAAAUUACAGAAACUUAGAAGUGUGAUAGAAAAGCAGAGUUGUUACAGGUUUUAUUCUUGCUCUUUGUUAAUAGUGUACGAAGGUAAUAGUGCUAUUUCUAAUGACUCACUAACAACCACAGAACCAUUUUAUUCGAAAGUAUUAAAGAGUUGCUGCGACGACGACUGUACACAAGCAUCGGAAGACAAUAGUAGAGAAAUUCAUUACUGUUAUGACGCAGAUACUUCCAAUUCAUCUGUGGACUUCAAUUCGCUCCACGAAGAAGUUUCACAAGAUACUCAUCACAGAGGUUUCGGCGAAGCCGCAGCACGAGGCGCUCACUCGUCAUCGUUUUUUCCAAUAUCUGAAGAAACUGUAUUCUUAAAUUCUUCCCCGCCUUCCAGUAUUACCCCUUCAAGCCCUUUGGAUAGUUGGAUGGUCUAUUCAAACAGUAGCAGCAGUGAAUAUACCUUACCUGAUCAAUCAGAUAGUAGUAGUUCGAACGAAGAAGUAUCAGAUGCUGAACUGCCAUUGAGUAAACGUGAUUGUAAGUUACAGUGCGCAAAUCGAACUGAAGAGGAUGACGAAGAUUUACUACCUGUCCCUAAAAGAAUUUUUGUCGAAGAUUCUUCUUCCAUUUCUGGUCCCGUAAAUGACGUUGACGUUAGGAUAAUAGAUUUUGCACAUACAUCAUUCACAAGAAAUAGCGACGUUGUAGCGAAAACUGUUCAUGAAGGACCUGAUGGGGGUUUUUUAACUGGAUUGGAUAGCCUACAACGAUUACUUUCACAAAUUUUAGAAGUGGAAAAUUGAUGAAAAUUUAUUUUAUAGGUAAACCAGAAGUUUUAAAUAAAUUAUUUUUCCAUUAAGAUGGGCUGCUAUUUUUGAGAUUAUAUUGGAUAAAGUUUUUAGGAGUAUUAAAAAAAACACUUACAUUAUUAUAUUUGGCAUUCAAUCGUCAUAAAGCAGAGUAGUCUUGACAACAUUUCUAAUAUUUAUUUUAAAUUUGUUAAAUCCAAUGCGUCAAUAUUUAUUUUUUGGUUACUUAACACCCAACCAUGUGAUUUGAGAUGAUUAAGAACAUUGAAACAGUUAUACCCACUCUGCUGUAUUUGAAUUUCGAUAUAAAGUCUUCAUAAAUAAAUUGACUGGGGAUCAUUAGUUCUAUAGACUUUUUUCACAAAGUCACAACAAAAUGUAACCUGAGUUGUUUGGAGUUAUUCUUAGAAAUCUUUUAGAAGCAUUUUAAAAAUGAAAAAUAACCUAAAAAGUUUUGUAUUCGGGUACAGAAUUUCCUUCAGAUAAUUUGCUUCAACAGUUUUAAAAAUGGCAAAUAUAAAAAUUGUGUUACCGAAAUUCAUUCACACACAAUAAUCACAUUUUCAAAUUAGAGCAGUCAGAAAAAUCAUAAUAUUCACAUUUGCCUUAUUUUUCUUUUCAAGCAGAUAAUAGGGAAAUAUGUUGAUAUUGAUGAAAAGAUGUUUUCAGGGUUUUUAGUUUUAUGUUCUACAGUAGGAAGCUUGUUUCUAUUGUUAGCUCAUUCCAUAAGUAUUUACUCCAUAAAUAUAAAUAUUCCGUAUAUCUACAGAUUGCGAUAACGGCAAAAUUGACGAUGUGUGUUAAAAAAAGUCAGGUGAGGCGAUAACGGCAACAUUGAAAUACGGGAUGUGUUAAAUAAAUAAAAGUGUUUUGUCAGGCGAUAACGGCCGACGGGGUGUACGUGGUAUAUGGGUUUUGUUAAUAAUGGAAGGGUUGAUAAUGGUCCGGGUGGGAGAUAUGUGAAUGGCCUAAUGUCGCUUGUUUGGUUACUCACCUAAUGCCAUUAUCAACGAAAAAAUAUGCUCUACCUGCCAAUAUUAACAAAUCAAGUACAACUCGUCGGCCGUUAUCACCUUAUAAACACUUUUUUAAACAUAUCUCGUAUUUCAAUUUUGCCAUAAAACUCAUUGUAGAACAAAUAUAGCAGGGUGUGGAUAAGAAUAUUUGUUGAUUCAACACAUCUAUUACCCUCAUAAAUACAUUAACAAUUAAAAUAUCUGAUGAUUUUAAAACUUUUAACUCUCUGAAGAUGAUAACUUGGUUAUCAAAACACGUGUUGGACAGUGUAAUAGUAUUGAAAUAGAUACCAAUAUCAUUAUCAGAAAUUUAAACAAAAUUAUUUAUCACAUUGAAAAAACCACUAAAGAUAAGCAGAAUGUUCAAAUUGCACCCAAUAGAAAGUAAAUAAAUAUUUUUCCAGGAAUAUUUAAUCGAUUGAUAGACAUAUUUAAUAACGUGAGUGUGUUUCUUGAAAUUUUAUUUAAAGUAUCCGAUAAAAAACAGAAAAUAGAGUGCAGGGUAAUUGUAGAAAGAAUAGGUGACUUAUUUGGUAUCAUUUUGAAAGUUUAUAUUCAACUCUGUAUAUAUAAAAUAUGUUUUAACCUAUUUUCGCCACUCGUUUAAAAUAUACAUAUAAAUAUGCAAAUAGUUAAUUUAUAAUCAAUUAAUAUUAUAAGCAGAUAAAAAAUGGGAAUUUCAACCAACCAUUUUCAAUUUACUGUAGUAUUUUUGAAUAGUUUAUAUGUUAAAGAUGCCAAAUUGCGAAAUAAAUUUCAGGAUUCUUUAAGGGUGUUAAAUCACGUUAAAUCAGUCAGCGCGGAAGAUCACAUACCUUUGAUAUUAGUCAAAGUUUAAAGAUAUGAUAUUAAAAAAUAAUAAACAUUUCUUUCCAUCAGAUAGUAAUAUCGUGAGAUUGAUUAUGAACUAUGUUCACUAUCAUAUGGUCAUACGUACAUAGUCCCAGAAUCCAUUUACGUUUUUUAUGUCUUGAUCACAACAAUAAUUUGGUUCAAGAUCAAUUUGAAAAUUCCAGUGUUAAAAGCGAAUUCACUGAUAACAUACAGUAUAUUCAAAUUAUUGCUUUAUCUUGAUAAAAGUGAUUUUGUAAUUGAUGUUUUUGGAACAUGAUAAACUGUUGGAAAAUGAUAUAUUUUAAUGUCAUCGUAGAUAUCUUAUCUUCAAUUUAAUUUUCAUAUGCUGAACAUUGAAAUAUGUAUCCACAUUCUUUAAUAAAUUAUGUUGAAACUAAUUGCAAUCAUAAAUAGUUAGAUUUGUUUCUCAGUUAUGUAGUUAUUGAUUGAAAGAUAGUUUUAUAAAACUUCCACGUACAUGAUAUAAGGUGGUCAAAAAUUAUGUACAUAUAUUUUUAAAGCUGUUAUUACUUCUAAUGUUCAUUUUUUUCUAAAACUUCAAAGGGAUUAAUUGGGAACCCUUUUUCUACAAAUAUCUACCAAACAGUUUAAAUAUGUAGUUCAUAUAUUUUGAAAUCAUCUACAUAAUUUCAUAUGACUACUGGGUACUUUGGAAGGAAAGUAAGAGCUAUUAUUUCAUAUUUAUAUACUCUAGAUACUAUUAUCUAUAACAUUUGCAUUAUUAACUAUUUGUGAUGAUAUUACAAAAAAAAAUCGGUAAAAUGAGACUAAUAACCAUCAUUAAUCUUUCCAAAACUGCCCUGUAUUGAUAUGUAAUAAGGUUGGUGGUGAUAUAAAAUUAAUGAUCCUAAUGUCUUAGAACUACCCUAACUCAUUUAAAGGGUUAUAUUUCCCUUAUUAUUCAGUUGUCGAAUAUUUGUACAUAUUCUAAUGCUAAUAACAAAACACUUAUAAUAUUCUAUGGAGAUUUGCUCCUUCAAAUUUCAAUAAUCUCAAAGAUCUUUUAAAAUGGUACCAAUGAGAAUAAAAAGGUUUACUCGAAUCUAAAGUGUCGCUGCCAAAAUUUUUUUCUACAAACAUUUUAUAUUUCUAAAUUUUAAUCAUAAAUACUGUAUAUAUUAUUGAAGAAAGAACUGACUGAACCGAGAAUUAGUAAGUUAAUGAAUUAGCAAAGUAUUAAAUUGAGAUGGACAUCAAUCAGUAAAUUUAAUGCCGGAUCUUAUCUACUGCCAAUUUUUAACGCAGCAUAUGGCUCAACAAUAAAUCCUGCAACAGUAUGGCUUUUAAAUUUGUUUCAUAAGUGGGUUACAUAAUCAGCCAACAAUGGCUGACGAAAUAAUAUGGACGUGGCGGCUUAUAUUACUUUAAACAAAAAUUUAAUGAGAAAAAGAUUGUCGUUUCCACCUUAUUUCAAUAAGUGCGAAACUUUAAGUAUCCAGUUUCAGUCUUUUUUCUCUCUUUUUUUUGCGUAAGUUAUCAAUUUUUUGAAUAUUUUGCAAGCCGCACAUUUCUUAUACCAAAUUUUUCAGCGAUAACAGGUCAUCAAUUUUUUCUAACAUUUCUAUUUUUAUAUAUUCCCGUUUCCACACUUCAGGACAUAAAUGUAUCUUAUUAAUAAAAUCAAUAAUUAUCUCACUUCACCAUCUGAUUUUUUUCGCAAAAACUUUACAAAACAUAUCAAGUAAUAACCAAAACAAUGUUAUAUUGCGUUGUAAAAUACAGUAGCUUUUCCAUAGGUUUUACUUGAUUGCACUAAUGGUUUCGCAUUAAAAUACGUCAAAUGUUAACCAUAGCACUCAAAAUUGCAUUAAUAUAUACCCUUUGCAUAUGUAUCUUUUGUUAUUUUCAAAAUUUGGCAAUCUCACCUUCAUUAUAUGAUGAGUUUGCCAAUGCAGAGUUUAUAACAACAUUGUUGCCAAUUCUAUAAAAAAGCUGAAUAUUUUGUAAAACUACAUCGGCGAUACCAAACACGUAUGACUUUAGUGACAGGGACAUACUAAAAUAUUAACCUCUAUAUCGCAUAGUCUGGCUGUUAUUGUUUGCAAUGUUGCCGGCUAUUCUAUUACAGCAACAUAUUGCAUUAAAAAUAUCAUCGGCUUAGAAGCACCAUAACAUCGUAUCGUACCGGUUUUUAACUGUUGAAAUUUUGUAAUAGAAGUAUGUUUUGUUCAAUAAAAAACAUGAGGCCUAACCGAAGGGAAGGGGUCGCAGCGAUUAGUUUUUAUUCACUAAUAAAUCCUGGGUUCGGCGGCACUGAGCUAAUUUACUUCGUUACUUUAUGGCACUUUAUAUCCAUUAAUUCAAUACAUGUAUAUGCGAGCAAUUAUUAAUUAUUGUGUUCAGUUUUUAUAUUUGUCUUUUUGUUUGAGUAAAAUGUUUGGGAAAAAAAGUAAGUCAUUUUAUUUUAUUGGGCAAAUGCAAAUAUACAAUAGCCCAUAUAGUAAAAUGACAAUAUUAAAUAGUAAAUAUCUUAGUGUGAAUACAAUCAAAGUAUUAUUUUUUGCAUUCUAAUAGAUGGAAGGUUCCACUUUUCAUCAGGUGCUUACAAAACUUGAAUUUUAAAAUAGAUUUCAUUUUUACAAUUUGUUUUUUUUUCCAAAAAAAUUUUCAUUAAUGUUAAUAUAAAAGCAGGCAGAAGUUUUUUAUCUAGAUGUAUAGGUGGUAUUGUGACUUUGGUUAUUUCUUCUAUUUAUGUUAGAAAGGAUCCUUUAAUGUUUGAAUCUGUGAUUUUUAAAUAGUUCGUAUUAAUGAAAGACGGAUGAAUGUAAUUUCUAGACAUUCCGAAUUUUUUAUCAUAAAACUUAUCUUUGACGUCGGAAGUGAAUUUACAAGAAAAGAACUUAAAUUAUUUUAUUUCAUGACGAUCAUUGAGAUUAAAUAUUAUUAGAAUAUUAAAAAAAAUUGCCAUAUUUUGACAUAGACCGAAAUAGGUCAAACAUCAAUUUUUAACUGUUAUUCUAAACUUAUUUUCUGUAUCAAACAAGAUUUAAAAUUAAUACGAUUCAUCCAGAGAAAAAUAAAAAGGUCGAAUAACAGAACUUAGUACCAAAUAAUAGAACUGAAUAUUGGAAAAUGUUCUCCUUUCAACUACCUAUUAGUAGAUAGCUUCACACUAAUACACAAAUUAAAAGUCAGAGAAAAAACUCAAUUUAAAUGAGAAUGUGUUUGUAAUUACAUAAAAUUCAUUAAUUUAUUAUUUUAUCCCAUUGUUCACCAGUUUUGUGAAUAUUGUUGGAAUGUGUACUAAAACUUUAUAAAGCAGCAUAGUUAGAAACUAUUUGUCAUUUAGGUAUGUUAUAUAAGAAUAAAACUUUACGACUUUGAUUGGUCGAAGCAAUAUUAUGCAACCCAACGAAGUUCGUAACAAAUUUUGUAACAACGGCUUUUCCCCCAAUAGUAGUCUGAAACAUUUUCAUCCUAUAUAAUAAAUAAGCUCAUCAUGUGUUCAUUUUUAUAUGUUGACUCAAUUACACAUUCUAUUUGUAAAAUGCAUUCAAACACUAAAAUUUGAUUUUAAUAGGUUUUGUAAAUUGUCAAUGAUAUUAGCAACUAAAUUAACUAGUUAAAACAUUGAAUAAGCAAAGGAAACAGUUUUUUCUCAAAUUUAUUAUAAUUAUAGAUAGUUCUAUUUUAAUAAAUAAUUUACUUAAUAUGAUAAUGAUUUAAUAGAAAAUAUGCUAAUUUUGGCCAUUAUUAAAAUGUAAUCUGACGUGCAAAAUUCUGGAAAUUAUAUGAAUUUACUACAUGAAUAUCAAACUAGAAUCUGUUUCAACCAUACAAAGAUCUCUAUUCAUCAUAUUUCAAAUUUAAGAAUAGAAAGUCCUUGUAUGAUUAAAACAGAUGGUAUUUUGAUAUACAUAUGGUAAUUCAUAUACUUAUCAGAGUGCGGUUAUAUUCUGAUAAUGACUGAAAUUAUGCCCAAAAGGGCGAAACAUAUUUUAUUAAAAUAUUCAUUUUUUAUAUGUAAUCGAGAUUAUUUAUUCAUAAAAAGAUACCUAUUAGAAAAGACCUACGUAUUAAAAUAUCUGCAUUUAUGUUCAUCAAAUUUGAAUAAAAAAAUAAAAUAAUUCCACUUGGCCACUUGAGAAAGUAACUGAAAAAAAAAAUAAUGUAAGAAAUCACAAACUUAACAAAACACGUUACGAGCCAUUCCAAUAUUAAUUAUUCAAUCCAAUUAGAUGAUGUUUAGGAAUAUCAUUGAUUUCUGUUUUUCAAAAUACUUGUAUAUAAUUAUUGGGACUUAAGGCUUGAUCUCCUUCCUAAUAAACAUAAUAUGGUUUGUUGUUAAAUUGGAUGAAUGUUUAUUACUUUAAGAAAUAUUUAUGUUUUUGUAAUUGUUUUCAAUAAAAUUAAAUCACAUAGAA